AUGAAGAGAGCUGUUGCGUUGGUGGACUAUGCCAGCUCAGACGACGAGGAAACCGAUGCCCGCAAUCCGCCAGGCGAAGCGUCUCAGCCAGCGCCGCCGAUGAAAAAGAAACUUCCUUCUCUCCCAAUAUAUCUCGCGCCCGAAGCUCCAAUAGAUAACCCAGCUCUUCACCAAGGUCGAGUCCGCACAACGCCGCACGUCGAAGGGCAAUUCGCAGCAUAUGUCUACAUCCCGCUCGUUGUAGAAAGGAAUUCGAAACUUCACAAACUGCUUCUGCGCAUCUUUGCUGCUGCGAAACUGGCUGUUCCCUCCCUCCACCCUAUCGGUUUCUCUCAGUCGACUCUGAACACGGCUGACGAAACGGAACGAGAUGGGAAUGCGCCCGAAGACGGCGCGAUGGAGCUACACAUCUCCUUGAGCCGCCCUGUAUAUCUACGAGCUCAUCAGCGUGCUGAUUUUAAGCGCGCCGUAAAAGCUGCUGCUAAGUCGAAACGAAGUUUUUCCGCGUCCUUCGCGACACUAUCCGAGCUUACAAAUGACGAACGCACUCGGACGUUCCUAACCUUGGAAAUCGGUGCGGGGCAUGACGACUUCAGAGCACUGUCCGAUGAGCUCACACCGACGCUGAAGUCCUUGCGACAAAAGGAAUUCUAUCAAGACCCCCGUUUCCACGCGUCGGUAGCAUGGGCACUCCUCGAUAGCGCUAAAUCACCACCACAGGAAUUGCGAGAGGCUGAACCUGCGCCAACACUGCCAACCUCAGAUCUGUCAGAGAAAACGGAUACGCCUCAAACCGACAUUGUGGAGAUACAAACAUCGACAGCGGAGUCCUUUUCCUCGAUACCAUGUUUCCCGUCAUCACUGGUGCCGGAGCUCACAGAAACGUUCGCACAAGAACUCGUGCGUACCGGAGUAGGGACAUUCGAAGCAGAGGAGGUGCAUGUGCGAAUAGGCAAGGAAGUGAGCAGAUGGAAGCUACAGGGAUGA